AGGUGGCGAGAAGGAUCAAGGCAAGUAAAAGUCCAGACAGGAAGGGGAAAGCCUAGAGGAGGGAGCUUGCAGCGGGGCUCAGGGCAGGCAGGUGUUUGGAGUCAAAUCUAGAGCAGGGCAGAUGGCCUGGGCCACGGUGAGGAGUUUGAAUUCUGUUCUACUGCCAAGACAAGUCACUCGAGGCUUAAAGUACAAGGGUGACAUCAUCCUGUCUAUGCUUUUAAAAGAUCAGGCUAGAGCUGUGUCCCUCCGGCUAGUUCACCACGAAAUCUCCGGAAUCUGGCUCCGCUCUGGCCCCCAGUGGGUGCUUCAAAUCAUAUGGAAGGAUGUGCUGACUUCUGUACGACCUGGCGAUAGUCGGUCAUUUCUUUCUAUGCGUUUAGUUUCUUCACUAGAGAGACAGUCAAUGGGAAUUCCAUGUCUACAAAGAUCCGAGGCUCACGACUUAGGCUACCUGCCUCCAGAACCAGCACCAGAAAACCACGUCGUCGGUCCAGAAGGAAAGUGAAAAGAGAGCUCUGUCUCCAGCAUCCCAGCCAACGCCCAGCGGCCCCGUCCAGCCAGGACCAGAGUCCGGAAGAUGUUUCAUCAACGGAGGUGGAACACUCAGGCAAAAGCCAGAGCUCCAUUCCCAGAUCGGGCACAACCGUGACCAGAAAGCCCAUUCUCCGGCAGCCCAGUCAACGCUCGGCGGCCCCGCCCGGCCAGGACCAGGGUCCCGCGGAUGCUGCAGCCGCGGACGUGGAAUCCACCAGCCAAGGCCAGAGCCCGCUUCGCGGAUUGGGCAUAACCGUGAUAGGAGCCUUGCGAUUGGCCUUUCGCAAUGCAGAGGUGGAACUUGAUUCCUGCACCGGGGCCUCGGGGACACAGCAAAAGCCAGAAAAGCUGCAGCUGGGGGCGAUGGCCGCUCCAAGCCCUGGGCCCCGCGAGGUAGAUGCGGACCGAAGGGACAGAAAAGGGAAGGGUGAGUGAGCAGGUCCCGCCUUCCUCUUGGCCAGAGGUGUGGACACGCCUCCAUCUCAGAGGGUGGGACUUUGCUCUGGAAAAACCAGGACACGCCCCACAUGGACCCCGGCCCCCUCCCUGGAGGCCGGAAACAGGCCAAUUGCCUCAGGGAGUCACCGUGGCUUCUUGUUGAGCCUCCGAGACAAGCAGAAUCGAGUAGGCCUGUUUGAGAUCAGUCCAGGGCACGAACUGCACAGAAUGACGCAGAUGUUGCAGGAAGGACUCUGGGCUGCCACCCAGGUCUCCAUGGACAACCCACCCAAGGGACCUCCCACCCAGAAGGAUUUCUCGGAAGUCAUGACCCAGGUUCACCAAGAGGGCUUCGAGCUGGGAACCCUGGCCGGUCCAGCUUUUGCACGUCUGAGGCAAUACCUAGGUCUGGCUGAAGAAGACUAUCAGGCUACUCUGGGCCCCGGUGGCCCCUACCUUCAAUUUAUCAGCACCUCCAAGAGCAAAGCCAGCUUCUUUCUGUCCCACGACCAGCGCUUCUUCCUGAAGACCCAGAGGCGCCACGAGGUGCAGGUGCUGCUCGCCCACCUGCCCCGCUACGUGCAGCACCUGCGGCGGCACCCACACACGUUGCUGGCACGAUUGCUGGGAGUGCACAGUCUGCGCGUGGCUCGAGGGAAAAAGACGUACUUCAUCAUCAUGCAGAGCGUCUUCUACCCUCCCAGCCGCAUCUCUGAGAGGUAUGACAUCAAGGCCUGCGAGCUGAGCCGCUGGGUGGAGCCAGUUCCUGAGGGCAGCCCCCUUCUCCUGGUGCUGAAGGACCUCAACUUUCAGGGAAAGACCAUUAACCUGGGACCCCAGCGGAGCUGGUUCCUCCGCCAGAUAGAGCUGGACACCGCCUUCCUGCGGGACCUCAAUGUGCUGGACUACAGUCUCCUGGUGGCCUUUCAGCUUCUCCACAAAGACGAAAAGGGCCAAAAGGACCGUGGAAGCAUUUUCCGCACAAUCAGGUCCGUACAUGGUGCACCAAACUCGUGGGGGGCGGAGGACCAGAACCGCCGGCUGCUGCCCGACGUCCCCAACGCCCUCCAUGUCUUGGACGGGCCAGACCAACGUUAUUUUCUGGGCUUGGUGGAUCUGACCACCGUCUAUGGGCUUCGCAAACGGCUGGAGCAUCUGUGGAAAAUGAUGCGCUAUCCAGGCCAGUCCUUCUCCACGGUCAGCCCGGCUCUCUACGCCCGUCGCCUCUGUCAGUGGGUGGAGAUGCACACCGAGUGACUCGACUCCCCCUGUCUGCGUUCUCCUCUGGACAAUGGGCAUGAGCCCACAACAGUUUUCCAGCGAUACCCAGGAGCUAGCCUGCAGUUUCUGCUUUAGCCACAGGAGGGCAGCAUCCCCUAACUAAUACUCAGCCCUAUCCGGUGAUGGUGCUGUACCCUGUUUAGAGAAAGGACUCCCCCUCCUCUCCCAUUAGCUCAUUUACUAUUAAAAAAUGUUGGUAUUCUCUUUUUACA